CAUUAUUAGAAACGACGGCUGCCGAUUCAGUCUUAGUAACGGAUAAUAUUGAAAGAACACCUCCACGUCGUGGAAGACCUCCUCGCAUACGUGGUCGCAAUCUGAGUAGAGGUGAAAAAGAAAUGAUUAUAGAUAACUUUUGUAUUCUAGCUGUUGAAAUAACUGCAACGUCGCAGACCCAAGUAACCGAUGAAGAUUUGAAUGCUGGACUUACGGUUAGAGGUGGCAGAAGUCGCGGUAGGCCUCCUAGCCGUCGCAGACGACGCGGUAGACUUGCAACAUUAGCUUACGAAAUUCGAGAAGUGGGAGUUACUGGAACGUCCCCGACUCAAGUCAACGCUACUAAUAUCUUAGAAACUGCGUGUGAAGACAUUCGUUUUCUUAAUUUGAAUGCUGGAUUUGCGGCUAGAGGAAGGAGAAGUCGUGGCAGGCCUCCUAGCCGUCGCGGACGACGCGGUAGACUUGCAACAAUGAUAUUAAAUGAUAUUCAAGAAGUGGAAGAGACAACUACAAAUAUUGAAAAAAAUAAAAGCGAAAGAACACAGCGAGUACUCCAAGCAAGUUUGGAAACUAUUAGAAACGAUGAAAAUGAAGUAAUAAACGAAGAUGAUCGCAUUUUUGACACACCAGAAGAUGAUUACGGUGCUCUUGGUUUGUACGACGGCGAACAGAACAAUGAACUACCAUUUCAUUCUGCAAGUCCAGUAUCUACAUCUACAUCAAACGAACGCACACGAG